AUGGGUGGCGUAAGAGUGAUGGUCCCUAGUUUGCAUCAUACUGGUGGCUGCUGCCGCCGCGACGGCGGCAGCGGCUGUAUGCUGAUGCCCCAGUACUGCCGCCCAGGGCGAGGAAGGGAACCCUCCCGGGUGCUCCAGCUCGGAGGUGCACCUACGCACAGUCACACUGAAGUGCAUGCAGAAUAUGCACCCACUCGCACUCGUUCUCGCACCGCACGCGGCACUCUUAGAUCAUGCAAAACAAUUAGCUAUAGCAAAUCGGUGAGAUCAGAUUCGUCCGUCGCUACCGUCUGCGGUUUACACCCCGGUGUCUCGAGCCUAACAUUGGCGAUGUAUACCUACCUCAAGCUAAAGGCUAAGAUAAACUUAAACUAUAACUAA